AUGCCAGAAAAGGUUGAAAAGAAGGACUAUAACUAUCAUUCUUCGAAACUUGAGGAUUUGCUUCUCCGUCUCCCUUCCGAGAAUAAAGGGGAAAGAAUCAAUCUUGAGGGCUGCAUCCUGCAGGCUUUGGAAAUCUUGUUUGGCAAGUCAACAGACUAUCUAAUCCUUGGACUAAAAGCAUGCAAAGCCCACAAGCUCGGCCUCUUUCAUAAAGAAUCCAUCAAAGACUUCAUGAAGAAAAACGAGCUAGUAAACGGGUAUGUGGGGUCUUUCUUUGCCUGGUUGGUGGAUUUCUUUCCAAUAAGUUUUGUUGAAAUACUUUUUGAGGAAGAGGCUACAAUCUUUAAGCACUACACAAAGGUUCUUAUGAAGCUUUAUAAGAGUCCGAAAGUUACAGAAUCUAGAUUGGCGACUGAAAGACAGGAUUUUAACACUUUAAGUUGCAUUACAAAACCUAAGAUAGCUGGGUUGAUUAGAUAUCCAGGGGUUGUGACCUAUUUAACUAAGAAUUUGAUGUAUAUGAACGAGGAGGAAAGAUUGUUUUUAAUCAAAAGAUAUUUGAAGCGGGAAGACUUCGAAUACUAUCUUAAUACGCUCAUUGAUAGGUCCCAAACUCCAGAAAAAUAUAGAGCAGAUCUUGAUGAAUAUCUUAAAAAUGGAAUUCUUGAAGACAGAUCUGGAAAAUAUUCCGUGUUUAUGAGAGUCUACAAUUUCAUAAAGAAAAACAAUCAUAAAACUAUCGAAGAUGUUGGAGUAGUUGAAAGAGUGUUUGACGGGUAUAGCGUAGAGGAGUUCCUUCAAAGUGACAUUGGUUUAAUCUUUGUUACUCAAACCAUAGAAUAUAUAGGAAUAUAUUCUGGAAGUGUGCAAAAGUGUAGGGACAUCAUAUCUAGAGCCCUGAAAUCCGAUAUUCCAAGAGAUAUAAGCAAGACCUUAUGGAAUACCUUAAUCACAAAUAGAAGAGUAUUUUUGGAAUGCAUAGAAAAGUUCAAGAUCUUUGAAGAUGAGGAUUUGGCGAGAAUUCUUAUUUAUAGAAGAAGUACUUCCAAAGAAGAAGGCCCAUCGAUCUACAAAUCGAUAAGCUAUGGAGAUGGCAUUUAUAGAAAAGAGGCCGUAGAAUAUGUAGUGGAAUCUUUUUCAACACAGGAAAUAACAAAUGUGAUGCUUAAACAAGAUAGCGACGAAAGAAGUUUUUUGUUGGAAUGCAUUUACAGAAAGGCUCUUCUAGGUGAGUUUGAUUUUAGAAUAUUUGAAAUCGAAGACGAAGUAUGGGUGGAAAAGACCUACGAUGAAAUAUUCAAGACCUUAAGCCACAAUAUCUAUGACUCCUUGGUUGAGAAAAGACCGGAAUUACUGUUUGAUUAUUGCUUUAGACAUAGAGACCUUCGUAGAAAGUACUUUGAAGAAAUAGAUAAAGAAAACUGCACAAUCGAAGAGGGUAUAUGCAUCCAUAAGAUCCUAAGACACGAGUCAAAAAUGCUAAAAAGUUUGAAAUCCAACAAAUCAUAUGCAGAAGCAGUCUAUGGAGAUACCAAUGAAGGGAAUGAAAUAUACAUGAUGAGUACUCUCAUGGAUCCCAUACCUUCUUCGAAUAUUGUUGAGUUCAUUUAUCUCCUUACAUUAAUACGUCCCGAAGAUGCAAAGUAUUAUAUGUGUGAAUAUUUUGAAGAGAUAUGUGAGCAGGCUACAAACUGUUUAAAGGAAGAAAGCUCUUUCGAUAGUACAGACUAUUCAAAGGUUCUUAGCCUUGGAGAUCUGAGCUUAAUGUACUUGGUUCCGUUCCAUCAGAUGAUUGAAACAAUGUUUUCGGUUCAUCUAAGGAAUAGGUAUCUGGUCUAUACAAUCAUGGACUCACUCCUUGAAUCCAUAGUUGGGGGAGUCCAAAAUCUCCGAUUGAUCAUUUUGAAAAGUAUGGACUCCAACAGCGUUACAUCCCAUCACAUUGUCAAGUACAUUGACACUCUCACACCUCUUCUCCACAAUUCCAACAUCCAGAUAUGCAAUGAAAGUAGAAGGCUUCUUAUGGAGAUCCCCAUCAUAACUCCAGAGCUGGUCUGUCUUAAAUCCCAGAUGGUUCAAUCAAUAAUAGAUAAGAUGUAUGCCAAGUCCUUCUUCAAAUCGAUUAGAAGACAGCAGUUUAACCAUUAUCUUUGCUUUAAUACCUUGAACAUGCUUGUUCAGACUCUUACCAUGCAUAUCAAGGAACUUAAAGAGGAUGUUUUUCCGAUCCUCUCCAGUUUGGAGUUUAUUGCCCAUCCUCAGGACCUAAAGCUAGUAUUCCCUGUUAUAUUCGAAAGCCUAUCUUCAUUCGUUAUUGAAAAUGCAUUUUAUUUGGACGAAUGCUGUAGCGUUGUAGCAUCUCUUAUGAAAUUUGGAGGGGAUAUUUCCUUUGAUCGAUUGAUUGAUAAUAUGGGGCUUUCUCUUCGAGUUAAUAAGUUUUUAGUAAGGUGUCUUAAAGCUUCCAAUAAUGAAAUUGCCGAGAGUGUUAUUAACAGAAUAAUAAGAAAAGGAUCUGGUGAUGUAGACAUUAGAGAAGAUACAGGGGAGGGUUCUCUCUAUGUAGAGCCUUUCUUUCUUGCCUAUGCACCCGAGCUUCCUAUUUUCAAGGAAUAUCUCCCAAUCUUCAAACCUCUUCUCAAGAGACUAUUUCUUAGCUCUGACACUAUGAAGCAAGAAAUAGCGUCAAAGGCCUUUGAGUCGAUGGACAUUCUAGAAUUUCUUCUAACUUGUUGUAUUAUCGGGCAAUGGAAAACAAGGCUUCUUUGCAUAGAGCUGUUUGACAAGAAGGGUGGAGAAGAUAGCCGAGUGCUGGCAAUGCUGUUUAUCUUAAGAAAUGAUACACACUCAGCACUUCGGAAAAAAGCUCUAGACAUAUGGAAGUCCAAAGUGGUGAACACUAACUCGGCAUUAAAGGAUAUUUACAGGACCAUUCUUGGAUCCUUAGGAUACAAGGAAAGCUCCAGUCCAUUUCGUGAUUCUAUCAUGGGUGCUCUAAGUGAUUUAAUCACAAAAUAUAGUGGAUAUGUUGAGAAAUAUCUAGAAGAUGCCAUGAAUGAAGAGCAUGUCGGGAGUAAUGACAAUUCCAUAUCCAAUCCACUAGGGCUGAACAAGUGCGAGGAAGGGCUAAAGAUUAUCUCGAAGAAGGAGGUACUUGAAGUAAUACUAAUGGAAUGCGUUAAGUCAGGUAAGUAUAUGAACCAAGCAUUGGAUUUCAGCAUCCAAAACUCGUCGACGGAUAUUUUCCGGUUGCUCCUCCAAAUCCCAUCGUACAGAGAAAAGGUAAUUGAAAUAGUGGGAAAUAGAAUAGAUGACCUGGUAAUGUCUGAUCUAUUUACCGGAGAUAGCCAUUUAGGAAUUGAUCUGUUUAAAAUGACAGGAAAAACCUCCUUGUUCAAGUUUUUGAAGAAUUCCGAUAAGAUGAGUCUCCUUGAGUCUAUGCUUAUCGAAAAGGAGCCAAAUACGGCCCAUAUAAAAAAGCUUUUGAAAUGCAUGAAGCCGUCUGAAAAGCUGGAGAAAUGUCUUUUAGUGUCUGAUCCUUUAUACACAUCAAUAUUUUACGGAUCUGGAGAAAAAAUGGAUGAUCAAGGCCAUCAAAGAGAGUUAUUCAUCAGGGCGUUUAACACCCUGAAUUAUCAAGAGUUGAAGCCUUUGAUCAUUCCCGACUACCUAAAUCUCCUUCUGGAUGUUUCAUAUAAGAAUGUCAACGAUUCUCAAUCGCUAAUCAAAAUCCUCUGCACCACAAAUUCCCUGAGGGCAUUGGAAAGGCUAAACUACGUUGUUUCCGACAUGGAAAUUGAAGACUCGCUCUUUGUUUUGAGUGGCCAUCUUCUUCGAAACUAUCUUUCCUAUGAGAAAAGAGAGGCAGUUCUUCCAUCCCUCAAUCUUCUAUACAAAAGAUACAGUGCCAAGCUUGGGGUCUUCGGUCUGAUGAUUAGGCGUCUUCUUGAUGAUAGCGGAUAUCUUUGA